AGUCCCAGCAAAGAUGCAUUGUGAUCUUUGCACUGGUAUGCUGCUUUGCAAUUCUGGUUGCACUGAUAUUUUCGGCAGUGGAUAUUAUGGGAGAAGAUGAGGAUGGACUCACAGAAAAGAACUGUCAAAAUAACUGUCGGUAAGAGGGUUGCUCUUGUGGAAAAUAUUCCUGAAGGUAUCAACUAUUCAGACAGUGCACCAUCCCAUUUGUCUCUUUUCCAAGGCUGGAUGAAUUUGCUUAAUAUGGCUGAAAAGUCUGUUGACAUAGUAUCUUCCCAGUGGGACCUCAAUCACAGUCAUCCAUCAGCAUGCCAGGGUCAGCGUCUUUUUGAAAAAUUGCUUGAACUGGCAUCCCGAAAUAUUGAGAUAAAACUAGUGAGCGAUAUACUGCCUGUGGAAUCAAAGGUAUUAAACGACUUGAAAACAAAGGGUGCUGAAGUGUUGUAUAUGAACAUGUCAGCAUAUAAUGAAGGUCGGCUUCAGUCAUCUUUCUGGAUUGUUGAUAAACAGCACGUGUAUAUUGGAAGUGCCAGCCUAGACUGGAGAUCGCUGGGACAGAUGAAGGAACUUGGCGUCAUUGUAUACAACUGUAGCUGUCUGGUCCUGGAUUUACAAAGGAUAUUUGCCCUGUACAGCUCAUUAAGAUACAAGAAUAAAAUACCACCAAGUUGGUCUAAGAGACUAUAUGGAGUCUAUGAUACUCAAAAUAAACUGACACUGCAGCUGAAUGAGACAAAAUCAGAAGCUUUUGUGUCGAAUUCACCUAAACUCUUCUGCCCAAAGGACAGAGUCCUGGAUAUUGAAGCUAUAUACAGUGUUAUUGAUGAUGCAAAACAGUUUAUAUACAUAGCUGUCAUGGACUACUUGCCAAUCGUCAUUGACACCAACGCUAAACGGUACUGGCCAUAUUUAGAUGGGAAGAUAAGAGAAGCCUUAGUAUUACGAAGUAUUAAAGUACGACUUCUCAUAAGUUUCUCAAGAGACACAGAUCCCCUUACUUUUAACUUUGUUUCAUCUCUAAAAGCUAUUUGCACUGAAGUUCCAAGCUGUAGUUUGAAAGUUAAAUUCUUCGACCUUGAGGAAGAGAAUGCGUGCUUUCUUAAAGAACAGAAGAACACUUCCCUUCCCAAAUUAAAUCGUAACAAAUAUAUGGUGACUGAGGGAGCUGCAUACAUUGGUAAUUUUGAUUGGGUAGGCAAUGCUUUUACACAGAAUGCUGGAGCUGGCCUUGUUAUCAACCAAGCAGACGCGGGGAACAGCACAAGCAUCAUUAAGCAACUCAAGGCUGUUUUUGAAAGGGACUGGUAUUCACAUUAUGCCAAAAGUUUACAACCAACAAAAAUCCCAAACUGCUUUAAUCACAAACUUAAUAAAGCAACAUCAAAUAAGACUGCCAUGAGCAAUGUGAAUUAG